CCUUUCACCGCUGCACCACUGAUGUAACUUUCAUUUCCUGAACCAGCAGCAAGGGUCACACUACACAUGAGUAGAGUUUGAUAAGUGUCCAGUGAACGAGUCUGAACCGUCUUCAAUCAUUUCUCUACAUUUAAAGGAUGUUACGGACUCUGUGUCGGGCCGGCGGAGCUCUUCUGAAGCAAAGCCAGUGCACAGCACCGAGGUUGUGGAUCACACCAGCCCAGCAGCGAUGGGCGUCCAGCCUCCCCAUGAACACCGUGGUCCUGUUUGUGCCCCAACAGGAAGCCUGGGUGGUUGAGAGAAUGGGUCGCUUCCAUCGGAUCUUGGAGCCGGGUUUAAACUUCCUCAUACCUUUACUUGACCGAGUUCGCUAUGUGCAAAGUCUCAAAGAGAUCGUUAUUGAUGUCCCAGAGCAGUCUGCAGUAUCUCUAGAUAAUGUAACACUACAGAUUGAUGGAGUGCUCUACUUAAGGAUCCUGGACCCCUUUAAGGCCAGCUACGGUGUGGAGGAUCCAGAGUAUGCAGUCACACAGUUGGCACAGACCACCAUGAGGUCAGAACUGGGAAAACUCACACUGGACAAAGUGUUCAGGGAAAGGGAGUGCCUGAACUCCAACAUCGUCCAUUCCAUCAACCAGGCUUCAGAUGAUUGGGGAAUCCGGUGUCUUCGUUAUGAAAUCAAAGAUAUACACGUUCCGCCUCGUGUCAAGGAAUCCAUGCAGAUGCAGGUGGAGGCGGAACGGAAGAAGAGAGCCACAGUGCUGGAGUCUGAAGGGACGAGGGAAGCAGCCAUUAACGUCGCAGAGGGUCAAAAACAAGCUCAGAUUCUGGCAUCAGAGGGUGAAAAGGCUGAAAACAUCAAUAAAGCGGCUGGUGAGGCCCAAGCCAUCAUGGCAAAAGCAGAAGCGAAGGCAAAAGCUAUUUGUGUGCUGUCAGAGGCUCUGACUGAACAUAAUGGAAAUGCAGCCGCUUCUCUGAGUGUGGCCGAGCAGUACGUGUCUGCUUUCUCCAACCUCGCCAAAGAGUCCAACACCAUCCUUCUGCCCUCCAAUUCCGGCGACAUUACCGGAAUGGUCACACAGGCUAUGAGCAUUUAUGGCACAUUGGCAAAGACGAACCAGAAAGCAGCGGUGGAGAAAAAGAGCGAAGAGCAUGUGAAGCAGUCUACAUCAACCCAAUAACAGCAACUCAGUGAAUGAACUCGGAGCAGUAACAAAAGACACAGAAGCAGAUUAUGUUGAACAGUCUCUGAGCUCAUACCUUCUGACGGCAGGCAAACGGAGACACUUCAUCAAACUGCCUUAGUGUCCUUUUGAAAGCAGGAUAUUAAAUGUUAACUGACCGUUGUUUAUGUUCAGAAUUGUACAAUUGGAGUUUGACAGCAGCCUUUAGUCAAAUAAAGUCUUACCCAAGAUUUUGGCAGGCUAACAAAAUGAAGAGUUUGAAGGGGUUUAUCUUUCACUGAUGCCAGUAGAUGAACAUGUAAGACAUGGAUAUUAUGCAGGACAUGGUUUCUUUGCAUAAAGUUAUUUUUGCGCAAUUUAAAACCUUGGGUAUAUGUAUUUCUUCACAGACCCAUGGGGGGUUACAGUGUUUUAUCCUUUUGCAUUUUUUCCAAGGGCUGGUCCAAAUAACUGUUCUGGUUCUUCAGGCUCAUUAGUGUUAAUGUGGUAAUAAAACAUAGCUUUGGUGAGCCCUCUGCUGUGAAACAGAUAGUUUGCAGGCGUCAGUGACAAUUUUUCAACCGUCUUCAGCUUUUUUGGGACCAGCAACUUCAUGCAGCUACAUAAGACGUCCGGCAGGAUGCAUCAGAAUUGUAGAAAGUUUCCCAGAGUGUAGUUUAUUUAAAACUUGGCCCAUGUUAGAUUACUAUAUAUUGUUUCCCUGAAAGAACUAAUCCAGUACCUGUCCCAGGACAUUCAUGAGAAGUUGUCUGCUUUGAAAUCAUUCAGAAAUAACUCCCAUCCACAAACAAGUAUAGAAAGUCAGCCUUCAGAGCAAAUGUUUUUGUGUUUUUUGUUUUCACCUCGUAUGUCUUAUGGGUAUGUAUUUAUUACGUUUCAUGCUUCUCUGUAAAAAGUUUGUCAAUUUCCAUAAAGCUUAAAGGUUUAUGAAAAAUAACAGUAAUGCAAAAGUGAAACUGGCACUCUGACACUUGCAGAGUUCAGUAGGUUUACAGUUUGGCGGAAUAUGCUGUUAUGAAGCACUUGUGUUGAAAAAAAAACUAAGACAAUUUGUAUAGAAAAAUGAAUGAAAAACAGCUGGAGUUUGGAAAUCAUUUAACUUACAGAAUGAUUUGAAGUAUGUUAAAGUUGCCCAGUAUGAUCUAGUUCACUGUUUAAGUUUAGCAAUAUUAAAUUACUAUGAAAAUAAAAAAAUAAAGUUUGUAAAGUC